AUGACAAACUCGUUGGUCAUUGUAUUAAGUUUGAUUGUAUUGAUUUCUAUUACCAGUGUUCGUGGUCAAUGUCCUGAUUGUUUACGUGGUCAAGGUUGCUGUAUGGGUCAUAUGCGUAGUGAAUGGUAUUGUUGUGUUGGUCAGUCUGUGACUUUAAAUAAUCAACAAACAACACCAUGGAAUUUCAAUUUACAAAUAAAUUAUGAUGUUUAUAUAUGGGAUUGUAGUCCAUCAAAUAUGGAUCCAUCGCAAAAAUAUACCAAUGUUUCAUGUAUUUUAGAUGGUCGUUGGUCAUUAAAUCAUUUAACUUUUCAAUUAAGAUCUAUACCAUCCAGUAAAUUGAAAAUAAUUAUUGGUGAAUAUACAAUGAAAAAUAAUCAAAGAGAAAAAAUUGCUUUUCAAGCUGAUUCUCAAUGGACUUUGACACUACCAGUUGAUGGAAAUCAACAACCUGGUAUUUAUGAUAAAAUUCAAUUCAAUUAUGCUGGUUUCAAUUAUACGUAUUAUUUUGGAUAUGGUUCAUAUCCACAUUGUCCUCGAUGUUAA